AUGGCUGAGACUGACAUAAAUGUUAAGGCUACGGAGGAGCCGGUAAUUAAUAAUAACAAAAAUAUUGAAGAAGGAACAGAAAAUGGAACUAUUAAAAAGAUGCAUGAAGAAGAGAAUAAAGAAGAAUUGCCUUCCUCUGGAGAAAAAAAGGAUGUAGUUGAAGAAGAAAAAUGCGAUAAAAAAAUUGUUGAGCCAAAAAGUAAAGAUAAUCUUGAAAUAAAUGAUAAUAAAAAAGAGGAAGAAAUUAAUAAAGAUUCUAAAACUGAUGAUAAAGAGGAACUAGAAGAAAAUAAAGUUGAAGAAGUUAAUAUUUCUAAAGUAGUUGAAGAAAAUAAAAUUGAUGACAGUAAAACAGAGACUAAAGAAACAGAAGUUAUAGUAACAGAAAAGAAUGAUAUAACUCCUGUUGAAAAAGAAAAAUCUGUUGAAAAGAUUGUAAAAGAUGAAAAAACAGAGUCUGUUGUCGAAGAAACAAUUAAUAACUCAGAAUCUAUGGAUGUUCAAGAGUCUCCUUUAGCAGUUGAAAAACCAAAAGGACGUGGUCGAAAGGCUGGUCAAGGAACACCUAAAGUUAAAGAACCCAUUGCUACUGAGAAUGGGGAGUCAAUUGCUAAUAGUAGGCCACGAAGAUCUACUGUUAAAAAUGUCGAUUAUACUGGAGCUGAUACAGCUGCUAUUUGGAGUGCUUUAACUCCUAAAGGAAGUGGAAAAAAAAGGACUAGUAUUGCAAAAACAACAUCUUCAACAAAAAAAAGUAGGGGACGUAAAAGGAAAACAUCCUCUGAAGGUGAAGAUGAAUUGAGUGAAGAAUUGAGUGAUACUGAUUUGGUUGAUAAAACUCCUUCUAAAAAAAGUACACGUGGAAAGGGAGGACCAAAGAAAACAAAAACAUCAGAUGAUGAUGAAGAUUUUAGUGAAGUUGUACCAACUUCAAAAAAACGUGGUGCACCAAAAGAAAGAGCUCCUGUUGAGAAGAAUGAACCAAGGAAACGUGGACGCCCAUCUAAAAUAGUUGCAUUAAAUGGUGAUGAUACAAAAGAAGAAGAAAGAAAUACUACUACAUCUUCAAAUGAAGCUAUUGAAAGUGAUGAACAAAAAAUGGAUACCACAACAAAUUGUGAAAAGACUGCCGUAGAGACAAAUUAA